AUGUCAUCAUUAUCAACAGCACAAUUAAUUCUUAAUGUUUCUCAACAUUAUACAAUCUAUGUUGGUUUUAUUAUUUUAUUUUCUGGUAUUUUGGGACAUAUUGCUAACAUUUUCGUAUUUACUCAUCUUACAAUUUUUCGAAAAAUUCCAUCUGUUUUUUAUAUUAUUGCAGAAUCAAUUCUUGAUUUACUUCAAUUAAUGAUUAUAUUUACAACUAGUAUUGUAGUUAAUGGAUUUGAUUAUGAUCUAGCACAAACAUCAUUAGUUUGGUGUAAAUUAAAACCAUUUUUGACACAAUCAAUAACUCUUAUUUCAUUUAAUAUUAUUUGUUUUGCUGCUAUUGAUCAAUAUUUAUCAACAAGUGUUUAUCCAUUUUUAAGACAAAAAAGUACAAUAAAAAUAGCUAAAAUUCUUACUACUAUUGCAAUUAUAUUUUGGAUCUUACAUGCUACAUUAACUAUGUUCUUAUAUGAAAUUCAGUCAAAAUAUGGAUGUAAUAUAUAUGAUCAUAAUUUUAGAAAUUAUGUUACAUAUUUCUAUUAUAUUAUACUCAUUGGAAUUUUACCGAUUACAAUUUCAACAUUUUUUAGUAUAUUAGCUUAUCGAAAUGUUCGUCGUAUUGUACGACGUCAAAUGCCAAUACGUCGACGAAAACUUGAUCAACAAUUGACAGCAAUGAUUCUUGUUCGAGUUGGAUUUUUCGUCAUUAUGAGUUUACCAUAUCUUUUACAACGAAUUUAUACAUUUAGUACAUUAACAUACGAUAAUGAUGUAAUUUCUCGAGCUAUUUUACAACUUAUUACAGCUAUAACUGUUUCAUUAUUUAAUCUUAAUUAUGCAGGUUCUUUCUAUUUAUUUCUAAUAUCAUCAACACGAUUUCGUCGGCAAGUUAAACAUUUUUUUAUAAAUAAAUAUUGGCGAAUGUAUUGUAGACAAGGAAUACGUCAAAAUCAAGUUGCAGUAUCGGGACACUGUUUCGCUAGUGAAUUUGAUUUACAACAUAUUCAAUAA